AUGCCAACAAUAAAGUUUGGACAAGCGACAAGCACAAUCUUUAAUGUUGGUCGGACCAAAUAUGGAGAGAAGCGAGUUUAUGUUCACCCACAUGGUUAUGCUUCUGCAGCCAGCGGGUGGUCUCCCACAGGCUACCUUCACCCUAGUGGCAAUCCAAAAAAGAUCGAAGAGGAAAAACGCAUCGAGGAAUUCCAAAAAAAGAAAAUGCGCGAAUUUACGGUACGGGAGCUUGUCGAUUUUGACGUAGUUAGUGGUAGAGUUCUAGAAGAAGCAGAUCUUGAUUCAAUUCCAAUUCAUCCUAUAUUCUCACAAAACAUGUGGGAGAAACUCGGGCAGAGACAACGGGAAUGGAUUUUACAAACGCCCGAACCGAUGGAAGGUGGUCAUUACAUCAUGGAUAACCCUUACAUAUUGAAGGAAAUGAAGCCAGUUCUUACAUUGGCAAGUGCAUUUCUUUCUGAAAUGCAUACUUUACCAUUUUUGGAUGCAAUGCUUUUAGGACCUCGAAAACCGGUAGAUCAAGGUACUUCAACGAUUAAGUUUCCGGAAGGAGUUUAUACAUUCUGGCGCAGAGAUCAAGAAACUAGGACGGCAAACGGUUCUGUAGAAUGCGAGAAGGCUUUUACUAAAUGUUUAAAAGCGUUACAAAGAAGAAUAAUUUGGGGGUUUGCCUCGGGUACCCUUAUGCCAUGGGAUGAAGCUCCUCAAAAGAGUAAUUGUCUUGGUAUCACGCACUUAGGUUAUGAUAGUGAUGACAGAUCAGUCAUUUGGAUAUUUCUGGACAUGAAGCUCUGUGAUUUACUAUUGAGGAACGAUUUGACCUCUGCGGAGAAAGCUGGUGCCCAAUAUUACUUAGCAAUUGUCAUGAUUCACGAGUUAACACAUGCGAUUGGUUAUGACUUUCUCGACGAUCCGAAUAUUAAGAUGCGUGGCGAUGGGUACGAACCAUAUUUCGAGGAUUCACCUCAGUCCGAAUUGGGUUAUGAAAUGGAAAACAGUGUUUUUGGUGGUAUCAUCGAACCAGUCUUCAAGGCACCUGCAGCUCCACUUGCAUAUAGGAUGGGUUCCAGUUAUCCCUCUUGGCUUCACAUAAGGCAGCGAACUGCUGAAACAAUCGUUAGGGAUCAUGCUGCGGACUAUAAUGAUGUGCUAUAUCUUUACUUUGUUCCGAUUCAAACUUUCGAAGAUAUGAGAAAACUGAGCUUUUGGGAUAAUGUUAUUCGGCGGUUUGGCUUCUCAGCAAUUCAUGCUCGGUCAAUAAAACAUGGGUGGGGAUCGCUAACUAUGUCUCUAUGGAGUGACCAAGAUAAAUACGGUGUUCCCGAAAGCGCGACGAUGAGGACAGCUAGAUUUAAGAUACAUGAAGGGAGACAACAAGCUAUGAUUGAAGAAUUAGCCAAAUCUAUCGCGCUGUACCAAUUAAAACAACUUUCACCUUCAAAAAAGACAGCACUCAAAGUUUUAGAUGAUAUAAUGGCAAGUGCAUCAAAAGAAGAAGAGUUCUAUGAAUUCACUCAGGAGCAAGAAAAAAACCUCUCCGCAAUACGUGAAGCUUGCAUCGAGCUGCAGAAUCCAUCAAGUGCUGCUGAUGCAGGACAACGUGGUGAAGUAGCUUUACUGCUUAUCCCAAAGCUCGAGCAAGCAAUAGUAGCCCACAAAGAAACUUUCGUUCUUCUAGAAGCCUCGGAAGCAUUUAGGCAUGGAAAAUUUCGAGAUCGUCGCGCCACGCUUUUUCGUUGGAAUGUCGGUACUCGUAGGUUGCUCAAUGAUAUACUUAGCGGAGUGGACGAAGCACCAAAUAAAGAUGAGAAUUUAAUCGCAACUCUUGAACAACUCGCCCAGCUCCUUGCCCAACUCGAAGAUGUGCGGUUGAAAAUCUUCCCCCCAUUACCUACUUGGACAAUUGGGCUUGAAUUUAAGCCCGAGGGAAUCGCAGAAUUGAAACAAUGGCCCGAGAAUUUCUUCGCCAGAGAACUUGCGGAAUUGGAUUUCAUGUAUUCUCUCUACACUGCAGCGUUGGAACCCAAUUUGAGUAGAUGCCGUGCUUUGGCAGCAAAUAGGAUGGCAAAAAAUCAGGGGGCGUCGUCGAUAUCCUUUUAUUGUCGUUUUGUGUGUAUGAAUGUGGCGGUGGUGGGUAGUGACGAGUGGAUGGAGAUGGAUUGGGAAGAGAGGAAUCGAGUGGUGGAGGAGAAGUUGCAGUGGUUGAAAGUUAUGAGAGAGGGUUGUAACGAGUUGUGGGGGGAUACUUUUUCUGAGGGAGAAUAUAGAGAUGGAGAGGAGAAGGAGGAGGGACAGGUUUUAGGGGACUGGGAGGGGGAGGGUGGAAAGGUAGGGUGAUUUUUU